AUGCAUCAUGCCCUCUUGUUACCCGAUAUCUUUCGCAGGAUCUUGGACUUUUUGGAAAUCAUACCGAACAGCGGCUUUUACUCGUCAUAUCAGGAAGGACGCGAACAUAACCUCUACAUAGCACGUCUUGCGCAAACGUGUACUACGUUCCUGGAGCCGUGUCUGGAUGCGUUAUGGAAGCACCAACGUACACUUGGUCCUCUGGUGAAGACGCUGCCUGCAGAUGCCUACGAACAACGGCCUCGCACGUACCGGGGGCUCGCUGCUGGCCGCCCCUAUUUCGACUUUAUAAUCAAACGACCGUUGUGCAAAACGGACUGGUCCAGAUUCGAUUACUAUGCCUCACGCAUCAAGUCGCUUGGAUAUUGCAGCAAUGAGUACGCCGACCAGGAAGGCGUUUCGUGGAAUGUACCCAGCGUGGUUUUCCGGCUGUAUGAAUUCUCUCCAUGGUUCUUAUCCGAUCUCUUUCUCUACCGUGGCAGUCGAUGGCUUCUACCCAAUCUCACGCGUCUUCGUUGGAAUAUAUAUGAUGCCCCGUACACCGAUCACCUCCCGCAAUUCCUCGGACCCAACCUCACAAGUUUCGCAUUCGCUCUACUUCCCCAGUCCCUCGAGCCUCCAGAGGACGCCCCCGAAGUGCAACAACGGAUAUCACAGGUCCUAGACGUUCUCGCCGAGUUGUGCCCUAACAUCACUGAGUUAGAAAUGUACCCGGAGUACUCAAGCGACGUCGUCGUAGCUGCGCGCAAGUUCGCAUACCAGUGCAAUAAUCUAGAAGGCUACCACGUGGACACCACAGAGCACGCUCCGUUUGACUGGGAUUUCCUUCAACACCUCGCCGCGAAGCCACAUCUACGAAAGGCAUUCCUCAGCCUGGACGCGAAUACGGCGGACCUGCUCCCGCUUCUCUCCUCCCCUCCGAUCUACCAUCCAUUCCCCGAGCUUCAAGUGCUCUAUCUCAAAGCAUAUCAUCUGCACUACUGUACUCCCUUGUUCGAAGCCAUGCAGCACUGCCGGCUAUUCAGCCUUAUCAUCGAAAUCGAAUCUCAGCCUCUCGCAUCGAACAUUAUCGACCUCUUUGAUGCCCUUCGCCAGCACUGUGCCAGGAAUACCUUGCAUGUUCUCCGCCUGACGCAGCGCUUCCUCAGUUUUGAAGGAGACAACUACCCGCCGCCCAAAUCUGACUAUCUCAUCGACAUUGCGGUUCUUUCCCCCAUUCUAGGACACUUUCCGAACAUCAGAGUCUUCGUCCUGCACAUCCCCCUCUAUGGCUGGCUAACAGACGAAGACUUCCGAGCUAUCGGAGACGCGUGGCCUGGGCUCGUCUACUUCUCCUUUCUGGAGACUUGGGGCACCCCAGCCGUCACUCCAGGAACAUGGGAGGGCGUCGCCUCCCUAGUUCAGCGCUGCCCUCUGCUGACCGAGCUACAUCUCCUCUUCGACACGACUCGUAAUAUCGACGCAGCUCUCGCGUUCGACGGCCGCCUUGAUACGCAGCUCCGAUACUUCAACGUCAUCGAUUCCGCACUUCCCGAGGACCCGGGAGCGUUUGCCCAGGCGCUUUUCGCCAUCGCACCCCGCAUCGGAUACGUGGAUCUGAGUGGUCCGUGGGAGAUGGAGGCCGUUCAAGAGGGUCCCUUGGCGUUCGAUCCAUACACCUACCGUGAACAGGUCGACAAAAUCAUGUGCGAGAUGCGGCGGGAGCGCUUCGGCGACGAAUACACCAAAGACGUCUUGGGAGCGAAGGAGAUUGCUGAUGCCGUAGACAGCCAGCCUAAAGAAUGGAAUCCAUGGGCGUAA